AUGAGACUAUGCAAGGUGGCAGACCUAAUGAAGGCAGGAACACAUGAAUGGGAUACAGAGCUAGUGCAACAGUCUUUCAAUCCCCAUGAUGCUGCAUUGAUCCUCAACAUACAAACCAGUAGUAUGGGUAUCACAGACACGAUGGUAUGGCAUUACAAUAAGGAAUGGAAGUUUACAGUCAAAAGUUCCUACCAAACUAUUCAACAGAAGAGAAAAGAGUGUAUGGAUCAGGAGGAGGGAAGUUCCAGGAGUCACCAGUUGAAAAAGAUGUGGAAACACACAUGGAAGCUACCACUCAAACCUAAAGGGAUGAAUGUUGAUGGCAUAUGUGGUUGGUGUGGAGAGGAAAUAGAGGAUUUGGAGCAUAUAAUGUUUAAUUAUGUAAGAGCUAAGAGAGUGUGGAAGUUAGCUGGGUUGGAAUGGGACAGAUUGCAAAGGGAGAGGGUUCAUAAGGCCAGAAGAAUCCAAGGAGUAUGGGAUGCAGAUUCUGCACUCAGUACUAAUGGAGCUUCUGAUCAAAGAGAGCUGAUGACAGCCACAGCAUGGGACAACACUGGAGAGAUUAAGAAGUGGGAACAAGGUUGGACAAAGGUGGAAAUCUUUAUUGUUGAUCAAGGGUUGAAGAAGAAGAUGGAUUUGAAGGAUGGCUGGGAAUCUGAUAUAGCAAUGAUUGCAGAUGAUAUUUUUGUGUUAUUGUCUUUAUUAGAUUCUUGGAAGCUUGUCGAUCAUGACUAA